UCCAUCAACCGUGCUCGUCGGACGUGCGUUUAUCUUCCUUCUUAUCACAGUUUGUCAACAAAGGCAAAGAAAGCAAAAACUUCCAUUCCGCUCUCAAAUCGCAUCGUGUGCAGUGUUUUGCUUUUAUUUUAUCAAUCGAACCGCGCGCGCUCCCCCGUGCAUGUGUGUUGUGUCUGUGUGAAGCCGAACUAAAUCGAACGAAAGACAAUCGCGCGCGCCUUCGCGGGAAGCAAGAAUUACAUAAGGAUUCCGAGUCGCGGUUGGCUCUCGGAGCAGGAGCCAGUUCAGUUCGCAGUUUCCUUUCGACCAACGCGGAGUGCAGUUUCGGUUUAAAGUCUCCUUUUGCUUUUGCUUGCUCUUCCGGAAGAAACACACACUCACAGUCAUGGCUGAUAAGGUGAAGGUUUGCAUUGUUGGAUCCGGAAACUGGGGCUCGGCCAUUGCCAAAAUCGUCGGCGUGAACGCCAAGCGGCUGCCCACGUUCGAGGAUCGCGUCACGAUGUACGUGUUUGAGGAGCAGGUCGACGGCAAAAAGCUCACCGAGAUCAUCAACAGCACGCACGAGAACGUCAAGUACCUGCCUGGACACAAGCUGCCCGAGAAUAUCGUCGCCGUUCCGGACGUGGUCGAGGCCGCCAAGGAUGCCGACAUUCUGAUCUUCGUCGUGCCCCAUCAGUUCAUCCGCGGAUUGGGCCAGCAGCUGCUCGGCAAGAUCAAGAAGACGGCCGUCGGUCUGUCGCUGAUCAAGGGCUUCGAUGUGGCCGAGGGCGGUGGCAUGGAGUUGAUCUCGCACCUCAUCACGAAGCACUUGAACAUUCCGUGCAACGUUCUGAUGGGUGCCAACUUGGCCAAUGAGGUCGCCGAGGAGAAGUUCUGCGAGACGACGAUCGGCUGCCGGGACAUGAAGGUCGCCCAGACGUUCCGGGACCUGUUCCAGACGCCCAACUUCCGGGUUGUCGUGGUGGACGACGUGGACGCGGUCGAGAUUUGCGGUGCGCUCAAGAACAUCGUGGCGUGCGGAGCUGGCUUCGUGGACGGCAUGGGUGGCGGUGACAACACGAAGGCCGCCGUCAUCCGGCUUGGUCUGAUGGAGAUGAUCAAGUUUGUGGACGUGUUCUACCCGGGCAGCAAACUGUCGACGUUCUUCGAGAGCUGCGGCGUGGCUGAUUUGAUCACCACCUGCUACGGUGGCCGCAACCGCAAGGUGUCGGAGGCGUUCGUCAAGACCGGCAAAUCCAUCAAGCAGCUGGAGGAUGAGAUGCUCAACGGGCAGAAGCUGCAGGGUCCGAUCACCGCCGAGGAGGUCAACUUUAUGCUGAAGAGCAAGUCGAUGGAGGACAAGUUCCCCCUGUUUACGGCGAUCCACAAGAUCUGCACCGGACAGAUCAAACCAACGGGCUUCCUGGACUGCCUGCGCAACCACCCGGAGCACAUGCAAACUUUCUCCUAAAUUCACCCUCCUACAACACACGAAAACACAAACACUCUUUUCGAACACGUGUACGUGUCUAAUGUAGUAGCAAAAAGUGCAAUAUUGAAAGCAACAAAAAAAAAACAUAAACGAAUCCUAGCGUCGUAGAGUAUCACCACGAAACUCACUGUGAUUUCCUAGAAAUCGAAUAUUAGCGUAAAAGUUACUAGCCACACCCUUGACCCUCAAUGCAAAACUAAAACCAAAAACACAGGAAGUCCCAGCAGGUGCCGCCCCCGCUCAAACCCAGACAUCCCAGAUUUUCAACUGAAAACCCAACGAUAUGAUAAAAAAACAGUCUCAGUCAGUGACCACGCCAAUUGAGUUCGAAGCCGCGUCGUGUAACGUUAGAAAUUUGCGAAAAAUCUUCCCGAUUGUUUGUACAAAGAAAGAGAAUAUAACGAAUGUAAAAUACGGUGUAAAGUAUUUCGGUGAUAUUUUAGUAAACCUCUCUUUUUUGGAAUUCUUUGAAAGUCUGUAAAAAAAUGAACGGAAACAAAAAUCUAAGUUGUAAAUAGUGACGCUAACCCCGGUGGGGUUGAAUGUUCAAACGGAGAGUAAGAUGGUUCUAUUGAAACUUAUGAGAAAAAAUGAUACUUUGGAAAGAGAAUUUAUUGUUACCUCGGAUGAAUAUGAAUAAAAUGAUAGUAAAGUA